CACUACCCGUUUAGGAGGAAUAAAAUAUCAAAGUUAGGCCUGUUUUUCGACCGUCUAGGUUGGUGUAACCCCUUAAUUUCUACGUCUCAUACACGUGCGUAUAGACAUGUAGGUGUACUCUGACGCGUUUGUUGAAAUAUAAACUUUGUUGUUGAAAUAUAUGCUUUGCAUAAUGUGUGCCCUUCCAUUUUGCAAAAAGUGACAUAUAUGUAAAGAAACCCAUUUAUUCUCAAAUUGUUGUCGCUCGCAAACAAAUGAAUUUCGUCAACGAGUUCAUCAAUCCUGUCAAAAAUGAAAAACGUAAAAAUGGAUGUGUCGCUUAGAAAUUCGAUGUCGUAAGGUAUCGGAUUGAAACUGAGUAGGAAAGUAGUUUACAGAGAGACGGGUAGCGCCGAUGUACUUUUGUUUUUAUGACGCCAUGAAGGCGAUAUCGAAAACGCCAGGCAUCCGACCGAUAUGUGUUAUUUGACUCCGCUGGUUCGCAUACUUAUUUGCACAGAAAAGCACAGAAAAACAGAUAUUAUAACUUUAACAGAAGUUAUAGAGCAUAACUUCAGAUAUUAUAAAAUUUAUUAAAUGGCAAACGAAGAUGAGAAUUAAAUACAACAGAUAAUAAUUCUGCCAUUUCAAAUAAUUAUAGUCAGAAACGCGCAUUUUACUGUAAGCUCCGAAAACGGUUUCUCGUAUUUCCUUCGGUAAACUUUGCAAUUUACUCCUCCGCUUAUGCUACGCUGUUCUCUUGGAUACUACAUAUAAUUAUUAAGAAUUACAGCGCAAGAAGCACCUGUGGGCUUGUUUUUUUUUCGGAUUUAAAUUAACUAAUUUUCCCAAAUGCGUUACAAAAAUAUAAAUUACGUAUACCUCGUAAUAAUUAUUUCACUAGCCGGAAUUCUGCUUUUCCAAAUAAUGCAUUAACAAAAAUAAAAUACAAAUAUUUUUUUGUAUUUAAAAAAAAAUAAUAGAGUGUGUGUUUAAAAAUUCGUUAAAUGUUACAUUACAAAAAUAUAAAUUGCAUAUGCUUCGCAAAAAUUAUUUUACAUAUUUAUUUUGUUUUAUUUUAUCACAAAAGAUUAAGAAAAAUAUACUGUAGAUAUUUUAAUGUAUAAUUAGUGACAAAAACAUAAUACGAUUGCUAGUUAAGAAAUUAGUGGAAUGUUAAAGCUGAUAUUGUUACAUUGCACAAAAAUAUAUUUCAACAUGAUAUAUUUCGAAUUUAUACAUGAUCGUGUUUGAUAAUAAUCAAGUCAUGUUGAAAUCUCCUUUCAACAAAGCAAUACCGCGUCUAACUGUCGGAGCUAUUCCGCAGGUUCAUUCAUAUAGCGUUCAUCUUCAUCAGAUAAAUCUGAAUUGUUCGAGGAUUCUGAACAAUUUGACAACUGUGUACCUCGACAAACCGAGAACAGAAACGUGAGUCGGACUAUUUCACUACCUCUAUGAUCGAUGAGAAGCUCCGGAUGCGGGGUCGUCGGACGCAGGUGAGUCCUGGAACAGCGGUUCUCAAUGUCGCUUUUUGUUCUCCAGAAUCGAUCGACUCUCUACCUCCUGUUAAACCCCAUAUCGCGAUAACAGAAUAUCCAGAUUAAAUCGGAAAUUGCAGAAUUGUCGACUAUAUUGUGACAUUUUAUUCAACUUUUGUCGCUUACACUGUAACUUUUCUAAAUUAAAAGUUCCAUUUAAAAAUAACGAUUAAAAAUAACAUCUUAUUUGUUUCUUGAAAAUAGAUUUCGAUAUAUCGCUUGAGUGUGAUCACAAGACAUAAUUAUCUUCGCAUCUGACGAUACGAUUUCAACCAUCACAAGAGGGAUUGUAUCCCAUUAGGUAAGCAGAAUCGAUCGACCCUUACGGAAGCUGCUCGGAAACCAACCAUCCCGCAGUUGUCUGUCAAGAUUUCGUGAUAAAGGAUGGCGCCUUCAGGACAACUGAAUCCAGUAGCGACACUGCGGAGCUGUUCUCCGGAAUAAAGUACGAAUGGUUGAAGAAACUUAAAAACAUUUCAGCCUUCUUGAUGCUUGAAAGUUUAGCUCAUCAAAACUUACAUUAACAUUCUACUUCUUCGAUAAACUUACAACCGUGAUGUGAUUGCCAUACAUUUAAUUCUAUUAAUAUAUCUGCUCGCGUAUUGAAUAAUAGUUCGAACAUCAUCUUUCUUUUUCGAAGAUCUUCUCUUUAAAUAUCAUAAAAUGAAAAAUAUAAAGUUACAUGUUUUCUGUAUCAAUAUCAACGAACACAUUAACUACAUCCCAUUUUAACGAAGCUUUAUUGAAGCAACACAAUGAAUUUUCAAAAUGUUACGUAUGAAUCUGCUCAUUACAGAGAAAAACUUUGGAAGAUAUUUUCAUUCAUAUCACAUGUCAUACGUACUCGAAAUGCAUGAUUUGCGAAACAAGUUUUCCGAUAAAUACUAUUUUCUUUUUCAUAAAAAGUUUCUAAAAUUGGAUAUGUUGAAUAUCAAUAUCAUACAAAUAGCAGUGUAUUAGUAAAAGUUACUAUUUAUACAUUAAUAUUUUUUAUAUUUUAUAUUGCAGACUAUCAACAAAAUAAUUUUGUAUCUCUGUAUUUCUGUAAGAGAGACCUGACAAACUAAGGUUUAAAAGGGCCAAAUCAGGGCUGCCUUAUUCAAAGCAUCGUCUGAUCUUUAAACUUGCGAAAUUUACCCAUUUCUUAGAGAUAUUAUAUUAGAGAAAUUCUUAAACUUGUUAACACGCCUCCCUCUCGCGCAUACAUUAAUGAAUGAUAAAAACCAGCAAAGGAAAUUAUUAGAAGUAAGCAAUAAUUACCGUGAAAGAUUUCAAGCUAUUAGAUAGAGUAAAAUCAAAUAGGACUCGGACUCGCGAAAUCAAUACAGCGUGACCAUGCUGCGCUUACAUGUUGCUCUUAUUUCCGGUGACACUUGGCAGAGCGGAAACAAUCGACGCACACGUUUUAAUCGUAAUUGAUAGUCAUAAUCAUAGCGGCGCGCGGCGUGGCGACUCUAUUCAGCAAUAUACGAUUUUAGAUAAAACAUUCAUUAACUAAGUCAUUAGUAGUUCCAUAAACAUAUUCUUAUUAUUUCUUUUAUAACAUCUAGCUACUUUAAAACUGUGGAAAAGAAAAUAGAAAAUAAUAUACACGUUUAUUCAAAAAAACCAAGCGCACACGUUCUCAAUUUUUACGGAUGAAGAAAGGGCAAUAGAAAGUUCUUAAACUUUCCGCAAGCUGGUAUCCCAAGAAGGAGAAAAACGGUCUAAAAAUACAGAAGAACUUAUUACAUUUUUUCCUUACAAAAUAACUAAUAGCAACGUUAGAAACUUUCUGAAUAAGAACAAGACGAAUUGCAACUUCAAUGACGGGUGCUGCUCGACAAGAAAGUGCAAACAGGGAUCGUUCAUACUGAAUUCUAUUCUGUCGUAUUUACAUUGCUAACGUUUAUUCCUGCUUUCACCGAUCUUCCAAGAAUGAUAGGCUUCCACAGCCAGUUUCGUUUUACUGCAUAAAAGAGCGUAAUAAUUGAUUAUUUCCGACGGAAAGUAUAUAUUUAGUACGAAAUCUAAUUAUAAUAUAAAGGUGUAAUUAACUGAAAAGGCAUUUCAUUGCUUUAUUUAAAAAAUAUCUGAUCGUUUUAUAUUUUUUGUGCAAAAUACUUGAUAAUUUUACAAUUUUGUUGACAUAAUUUUAUGGUACGAAAUUUUCAUUUGCCAUGUUAAACUUUCAGAAAUUAAUUUGUCACAGAGAGACGAACAGAGAAGUUACUUUCUGCUCCAGUUACGUAACAGAUGUUAUAAGCUAUUACUAUAUCGUGAAUAAAUAUUCUCGAAUAACAUUUGUUCAGAACCGUGUGUACUGAAUAUAGUAUAUUUACUGUCGUUUGAGUAAAAUAAAAUGUAUAAUACAUGCACACAUAUGUUGUGAUUAUAUUAUCCUGGCCAAUCUAUCCGAGCAAAUACAUAAACUUGUAUAGUUUGCUUAUAUACCCUUUAGUUCUAGAAAGUUAAUAUUCACAAUAUUAUUAUAGCAAUACAAAGUAACCCACAAAAGCAUUUUAUACAUGCUCAACACUUUGCUUGUAUUACUAUAAAUGAAAGAUGUCAUGUAACUUUAUAAAAAUUAUAAUAUUACCAAAAUGUAUAUUAAAAUAUACAAUUACUAGUAUUUGUAGCUUUCAAUUUGGCAAACGAUAGUAGUUGAAAAUUUGCUUAAAGGAAACAAAUAUUCGAAUAAAUGCGAACACUAAAUACAUAUUGUACGUUCCAUAAUAUUUAUCGAUACUAAUGGUAAAUUUAAUUCAAAGGAGAGAGACAUGUGUCAGAGCAAAUUGUUUAGCUACUCUAGCAUUAUAAGCUAAAUUUGUGAAAUUGUUUCAGAGAGAUUAAUGAACAUUUCUUUCUUAAAAAUGGAUGAAAAAACCAUUUGCAUCUGGUUUCUCUUGCUUCUCUCCGACAUUAAUUUCUACGUCCCGUGCACGCGCGCAUAGAUGUGCAGGUCAUGUGAAAGAAGGACGCGUUUGUUAAAAUAUAUGCUUCGCAUAAUGUAUGUCUUUCCAUUUUAUGUCCUUUGGGACAACAUCAUUGAAAUGUGCAUCAGAAAAAAACAUUCAUUCUAAGAGAAUUUUGUGAAAUAAAUUCAUUAAUUCUAUCAAAAAUGGAAAACCUAAGGAUUUGAUUGAUGUGUCGUUAUAGCGGAGAAAUUCUAUGUCGGAUUGAAACUGAGGAAGGUAAUUUGCAGAAAGACUAUAGUUUGCAUAUAUGUUCUUUGCUUUUGAUGCCAUGAAAACGAUAUCGGAAGCUUCAGGCAUCCGACUGAUACGUUUUAUUUGAUUGCACUGGUACUUAUAUGCAUAGGAAAGCGAGUAACAAAGAACAGCUCCCGAUAAAAUUAUUAAAUGAAGAAUGAGGACGAGAAUUAAAUGCAGCAGAUAAUAAUUCUGCCAUUUCAAAUAAUUAUCAUGAGAAACGUGCGAUUACUGUAAGCUUCAAAAAACGGUUUUGUGAUUCUCUGUAUUUCACUUGGUAAAUUUUACGCUGGAUUUUACAUCUCCGUUUAGGCCAUGCUCUCUUGGCUACUGCACAUAAUUGUUAAAAAUUACAGAAUUACGUAAGAAGUAUUCGAGCUUGUUUUCUCUCGGAUUUAAGUGAACUAUAAUUCUUCCAAAUGCGUUACAAGAAUAUAAAUUGCAUAUGCCUCGUAAUCGUUUUUUACUAAUCGCAAUUCUGCUUUCUUUUAUUAAACAUUAACAAAAAAGUAAGUAUUAACUUACCAAACUUUAAGAAAAAUAUUAACUUCUCAUUAAAAAGGAAAUUCAUAAAAUGUUACAGCUGGUAGAAAAUAUAUUUCAGAAUUACAUAUUUCGAAUUUGUACUUGAAUUUAUCAUGUUUUAAAAUCAGACUCCACGUUGAAAUCUUUUCCCCAUAACAAAGCAAUAACGCGUAUUUGACUGCCGCUUAGUGAAGCUAUGCGUACGUUCAUUCGUGUAGUGUUUAUCUUCAUCGGGUGGAUCUACUAUAGAUAGUUCGAUAAUUCUGAACAGUUUAACAAUUGUGUACAUCGAGAACAGAAUCGCGAGAAUAUUUCACUAUUUGUAAACUGAGAGAAAAAAAUUACUUGGUUGGAACAAAUAUGUCAUUAAUAUUAUUCAAAUAAAUAUUUUCAUAUCAAACCCAAUAAUAUUUACUGUGAACAAAUAAUAUUUAUUUGUUUGAUGUAAAUACUUAUUUAAAUAGUAACUGAUAAUUAUUUAUUUGAAAUAAGGAAUCUUUUUUGUCAGUAUAUGAUCGAUGAGAAGCUCCGGAUGCGGGGUCGUUGGACGCAGGUGAGUCCUAGAACAGCGGUUCUCAAUAUCGUUUUUUGACCGCCAGGAUCGAUCGACUCCCUACUUCCUGUUACACCCCAAGGUAUUGCGUUAGCAGUACAACCAGGUCAAAUCGAAAAAUCACAGAACUGUCGAUCAUAUCGUCACAUUUCAACUGACCUUUGUCGCUUGUUACUUUUAUAAAUUAGUAGAUUAAAAAAACCAAUGAACGUGAUAAUAUCUUGCCCGUUUCGGGAAUUAGUAAAUCUCGAUAUAUCGCUUUAAGUAUGAUACGGCGACAUAAUUAUCUCCACAGGCGACUCGAUUUCAUCAUAAGCCGGAUUGCAUUCCAUUAGGUAGGGAGAAUCGAUCGACCCCUACCUUGCAAACUAAGCACCUCACGCCGUCUAUCAAGAUUUCGUAAUAAAGAAGGAUAGCGUUUCCGGGACAACUGAAUCCAGCAGCGACAUUGCGGAGCUCUUCUUCGUAAUGAAGAAUGUACGAAUGUUUGAAGAAACUUGAGAAAACUCCCGUCUCCUUAAAGUUCAAGCAUUCGGCUCAUCACGGAGCUUAUCUCGGUGUUCUACUAUUCUUUUUUUCUACUUUCAAUUAUGACGUGAUUGCCAUUAAUACGUUCUACUUGUAUAGAAUUUAACGUAUUGAACAACAGUUGGGGAUGCCAUUUUUAACUUUCGAAAAUCCUCUUUUCAGAAAUAUUGCGAAAUAAAAAAUAUAAAUUUACAUUUUCUCAAAUAUCAACGAACGUUGCAUUAGCUUCAUCCCGUCAGUUUUGAAACUAUGUUGCGGCAGCGCAAUGAAAUCCCCGACAAAAUGCUACGGACGAAUUCGCUCGUUGCAUAGAAAAAAAUUUUUGGAUGCAUUUUAUUUAUAUCACAUGUCAUAUAUACGUUCGAAAUGCACGCCCUGCGAAAACAAGUUUACUAAUAAAAACUUUAUUUCCCACGAAAAACAAAAGUUGUAGAAUAAUAUAAGAAUGGCAAUGCGUUAAUAACUUAUCAUUUAUACAUUAAUAUUAUCUUAUAUUUUAUAUUACAGCUUAUAUGUCGCGCAACAAUCUGUAUCUCUGUACGUUUAAAGAAGAUCUGUCAAAGUGAGAUUUAAAAGGUCCAGAUUAGGGCUGCAUUAUUCAGGACAUCGCCUGACCGUUUAAGAGAGCCCUUUAACUUGCAUCAUAAAAAAAGAUGUCUCUGCAGUAUUAUCAGCACGUACAAGACUUUCGAAGUAUCUGGAGCCGAGCCAACGUCACCUAGGAUGCAGUUUCGCAUCUGUUCGCUAUCGAUCGAAAGGUCACUCAACUAGGUACCUUCGUAAUGGGUUAUGACGCUCCCGGGGAUACGCCACAUUGACUGACGGUUACUUCAUCCUAAUUGGAUAAAAACCGUGCACAAUUCCCUUGUCUUAGAAUGAUGGAUGCAGCAACGGAAGAGAUAGGAUUUUAGCAUUGGGCAUUGAUUCGCAACACUCAAAAUCAUAUUUUUAACGUAAAUGUCUACACACAAUAGAUUUACAGUACAAAUUAGUAUAUAUUUCUUGUUACAGAAGUUAUACGAUUAAUAAAUAAUUUUCCUAAAGUGGAAGAACCGUUUAAAUUCUACAUGCAAAAUUAAACUAUGUAAGGAUGAAGUCAACACUGUUUGUCGACAUUAUUUCUCAAGUCAAGUUUACAACUGAUACGCAAUUCGAAUGAAUAAACAUUACCUUAUCGCUUUGAUAUUGAAUAUUUCCCCAAAAUAAAUCCCGUCUAUAAAGUCUUAUAUAAAAAUUCUACUUCUUGUAUCUUGAAUCUUUUCAGUAUUGUAGAUACUAUCGAUACUUCCACGAAGUGUAUAAAACAAAUAUACUAGGAAAAUCUGUUAAUUAUAUCUCGGUGAUGCAAUCUUGAUAACUUAAUAUAAUUUAUAUUUAGUAUAAGAAUUUAUCCAAUAUAUAAGCAUCAGUCAAUCAAAAUGAUAAGCUUCCCCGCGUCCAACAUUCAUCAAUAUUUAACAUAUGAUUGAAAUGUAUAUUACAUACAAAAAUUUGCAAAGAAAAUUAUUAGGAUAUUUAAAAAAAUACGAUAAUUCUCUAAGAUUCUUUAAGAUAAGACUCUCUAAGAAUUCUAUAGAGAGCAAGGAAAAAGAAAAAGAAAUAUUCACGUAAGAUGUAUAUAAUUAUUCAUAAGCAAACCUUUAAAAUAAUUUAGAAGCUUAGACGCGAAAAACACUUCAUUGUUAAUAAAUAAUAAUUAGUUUAUUCAUAUUCAAGUAAAAUAUAAAAAAUAUUUCGGUUUUAUUUUUUAAUUACUCUUAAUAUCUAAAUCAAAGUUUAUACAUAAAUAUAAAUAUAUAUAUACAUAUAUAUAAUUAUUUACUUCCUAGAUAUAUCAUAUCAGAAAAUUCCUUAGGUAUGAUACGCGUGUCUGUCUCACAAAAAUAUUGAUAAACAAGAACGUAUGGUAAAACCAGGUAAAACCAGAAGCAAUCAGUAAUUAAAUUUACUUAUCUAAUCUGAAACGCAUAGACACAUUUGUUAUGUCCAACGACCCAUUAGAACGUGUGCACUUAUCACCAUAUAAGUAUAUAAAUUGUUCGUAUUCGAUCAAAUGUACGUUAUUGCUGGCGUCUAAGAUGUUAUCUUUAGUUUUGUUUUUCCUUGGUGUGGCAUCUAUUUGCCAAUCCGCCGUAGUACAGAAGUUUGACUCGCGUAUCAUAAAUGGUGAGAAUGUAGCGCCGGGUGAAAUACCGUAUCAGGUCUCUCUGCAGAAGACAAGCGAUAGCUUUCAUUUUUGUGGCGGAUCUAUCAUUAAUCCAAAUUUCAUUGUUACUGCUGCCCAUUGUGUCGAGGACAAGCUCCCUGUAGACAUAAAAAUUGUUGCUGGAACUGUAAAUCUAGACCAUCCACGUGUAACGCGUACGGUUAAACAGAUUAUUAUUCAUAAAAAAUACGAUUCUACUAAUUCAUGGCUCAAUGAUAUCUCAUUGAUUAGGGUGUUUACUCCUUUUAUUCCAUCGAACGACAUUGGAUUCGCAACUCUGCCUAAACAAGAUGAAAUUGUCCAGGAAGAAGCUACGGCCAGAGUCUCAGGAUUUGGAAGAUUAUCGUCAAAUGGACCUGGAUCCAGAAUUUUACAAAAAGCUAUUAUUUACAUAGCAAAACAGGAAUAUUGCAAUGAAAUGUAUAACGGUAAUAUUUAUAAUACCCACAUUUGUGCCAACAAUCCGAACAUCAGCCAAGGGUCUUGCAAGGGUGACUCGGGCGGUCCAUUGAUCGUUAAUGGAAAACUUGUCGGGCUCGUAUCAUGGGCGAAAGGUUGUUCCCUUACUGACUAUCCGACUGUGUACACCCGUGUACCUUCGUACAUCGACUGGAUCAAGGAGAAUGCCAUAUAAAUUCAAUUGAUAUUCAUUAUUCGUAUAGACUGACGACUGUCAAUUCAUACAAGCAUACCGAACAUAUUAGGUUACUUUCAUGUUUCUUUUUCUAUUUUAUUUCAUUAUGCCAUGGACAAUGGCUUUAUUAUCUCACACAGACAAAAUGUAUUACUGUAUCAGAUUAUAAUAUACCUUGCUAAAUUCAUUGCUAAUAUGAUAAAAGCUAUUGGUGUAGAUAUACAAAGAAGUAGUUACAUUUAUAUCAGAAGCAGUAAUUAAGCAAGAUAUUUGUAAUACAAGCACAUUUGCAUUGUCGCGCUAUAAAUAUGCAAUACAAUUUUCUAAUUUCUAUUUUAUUAGAGUUCUAAAGUUUACUGCGGCCUAUCCUUUUUCACUAGCUUAUAUUUCAUAUAGCUAUGUAUUUAUAAAUUAGAAAAAUCAAAUAAUAUGUAAAAUGUUCUAGAAUUAAAGAAAUGAGCGCUUAGAAUAAUAAAGUAUAAAAAUGCUGAAUACUAUAAAAUCAAAUAAAUAGAAUGUAAAUAGAUUUUUUAUCUGUCGUUAUAUUUAAAUUAUAUGUACUUAAAAUUUGUACGUAAGUAUCUGCAAAUUAUGCACAAAUAAAAAAUGUAUAAUCUAAUAUAAUAUUAAUACAAUAUAAUAUUAAUAUUAGUACAAUAUAAUAUUAAAAUACUUAAUUCUGUCUUUUUAUGAUUAAACAUCUGUCUAACUCAAACGAUUAGCUCGGAUAAGAACAACAAAUCGUCCAGAUUAUCUUAUGUUUUUGUUUUUGUCCCAAGAAAUUAAAUCAGAUCGUAAAAAAAAAAACAAAA